AUGGUUGCUGUGUUGUCGCUGCUGACGCUUGCUACAGCAGCUCUGGCUGCGAAGCUGCCCAUUGUUGAUCUUGGAUAUGAGCGACACCAGGCUAUCUCAUUUAAUCAAUGUCCGCUAUGCCGCCCCCCAGUCGGCGACCUGCGCUUCCGUGCUCCUGUACUCCCAACCGAAAACAGAGAACAUGUUCAGAAUGGCUCGGUAGGCCGUGUGUGCCCUCAGGCAGCUCCGGUCUGGAACACACAAGGCGCGCCGGCAUUUCUCUUGGGUUAUUUGUACAACCAGACAAUCUCAGUGCCCUCCAACGUCUCAGCCUAUCAAUACAAGCCCACUAAACAGGAUCCCCGUACCACUGAGGAUUGCUUAUUCCUCGAUGUGGUUGUUCCGAAGAAAAUCUUUGAUCGCGGACAGAACAAAACCUCUCGGAAGAACCUCGCACCUGUGCUGGUGUGGAUCUACGGUGGUGGGUACGUUGCUGGAGAAAAGAGUAGCUCCGAUGCAACUGGGUUGGUUCAGCGCAGUAUGGCUGGUGGAGAGCAAGGCCUUGUCUUCGUUUCCUUGAACUAUCGACUGGGUGCAUUUGGCUUCUCUGGCGGUGACAGCAUCACUACCAAUGGCACUGCCAAUGCAGCCCUCCAUGACCAACGCUUCGGUCUGGAUUGGGUAUACAAGAACAUCCACUUGUUCGGUGGUGACGCAACCCGAGUCACGGUCAUGGGCGAGUCAGCCGGCGGUGGUUCGAUCAUGCACCAGAUUACCGCCUACGGAGGAAGCCGUGGACCUGUUCCCUUCCAGCAAGCUAUCCUGCAGAGCCCUGGCUGGGUCCCGACUAUCAGUGAGGAACAGCAGGAGGGUACCCUGCAGCAGUUCCUGGGCUAUCUGAACGUCAGCACGAUUGAAGAAGCCCGCAAGCUGCCAUCUGACAAGUUGAUUGCGGCCAAUGCCUACCAGGUCGCUACUCAGUCCCAAUGGGGUCAGUUCACCUACGGACCUACCGUCGACGGAACCUUUGUCCCCGCCCUCCCUGGACAACUGCUGCUCAGCGGCGAUUUCGACCACAACCUCAACAUUAUGGUCGGACACAACGCAGACGAGGGACUUCUGUUCACCUCGCCGGCAAGCGUCAACAGCUCUGGUCUAGCAGAACAGCUCAAGCAACUGUCCACAAGCAUUCCCGCAAACGUGACCCAGUCCAUCACCGAAGACCUCUAUCCCGCCGUCUACAACGGCUCCUACGGAUACACGGACUCGGUGGGGCGCACAGCGCUCGUCAUCUCCGAUCUGAUCUUCCAGUGUAACACCGACUACUUCAACCGCGCAUACGACAAGCAGACCUACGCCUAUGAAUUCGCCAUUCCGCCCGGGGUUCACGGUCAAGAUGUCGGAUACACCUUUUACAACAAUAACUCUAACGCGAAUGGUGCCCUUGGUGCCCUCGGCGCGAUCGCGAAUGUGACUGUCGCGCUGGCUAUGCAGGACUUUUUCACUAGCUUUGCGCAGCAUGGUGUGCCCAAGUCGCAUUUGGCUCCGCCUUUCCGGCGCCAUGGUGAGCGUGCCACUCUUAUGGUUCUUGGUAACCAUACUAUUCAGCCGAUGCGGGAUCCUACCAGUAACCCGCGCUGCAAGUUCUGGCAGACUGCUCCUUAUUAUGUCGCAUAA